AUGAAGGGAUUGUGUUCCAAGCCACGGAUUAGUGACUACUGGGCAACUGGGGGUAUAGCCCAGGCCCCUAGUUAUCGAAAUGUACUGCCAUCCAAUCGUUACCAGCUGAUCAGUUUGUUUCUUCACUUUUGUAAAAAUUUUCAAAGGGUUCCAUGUGGGGAGGAAGGAUAUGAUCCUUUGUAUAAAAUUGCUCCCCUCAUGAACAUUGUGAAGCCACUGUAUACGCAGUAUUACAUUCCAUGUCGUGAACUUACAAUUGAUGAAUCAAUGAGGAAGUUCAAGGGAUGGAUAUACUUUCAUCAGUACAUACUGAACAAACCCACAAGGUGGGGUAUAAAACUGUGGUCAUUGUGUGAGAGCAAGUCAGGUUAUCUGUUAGAGUGGGAUGUUUAUACUGGUAGAGACAACAACCCUGUGGCACCAGACCAAGGCUUGGGUCAUAAUGUUGUUAUAAAAUUGAUGGACAAUAAUGGAUACUUGAACCUUGGCCACCAUUUACAUGUUGAUAACUUAUACUCCAGUCCUGGUCUUCUUGAAGCUCUCAAGGAACAGGGUACUGGUGCCUGUGGAACUGUGAGAUUGAAUAGAAAGGGACUUCCAGAAGAAAUUAGACCAGCAAGGUUACAGCUGAAGAAAGGUGAUGAUCUUGUUUAUUACAGAAAGGGUGAUAUGCUUGUCUGCUCCUGGCAUAACUCAGCAAGGAUCAACUUCCUCUCAACAAUCGAUACUAUUGGCUAUGCUUGGAAACAAAUUCAAUCCAAGCAGGCAGAGACUGGAUUUAGGGAUGUGAAAAAGCCAAAUGUGGCCUGCAAUUACAAUGGUUCAAUGGAAUGA